AUGGCCGAAACAAAAGAGGAAGUUAAGGCUUAACCCAAAGUUUACAAUUACGGCGAUUUAAUCGAAUUCGAAAAUAAGCAAGCCUUUAGUUCAAUCGGGAAGAUGCCACUGUCCACGAAAUAGACUCUGCCUAGUUUUAGUUUCGGUUCAGCUGAACGUGCAAAUUAAGCGAAACUAUAUCACAACAAAGAACUCGCUAGGAUAGAUUUUGCAGGCAAGGCCAGUCCUGGACCUGUCUAUGAUGUGAGAGGAGGAGAUAAAUUUUAUUACACAUAAGAUGCAAAUACAAAAAUUGGAAAUGAUCCUCGUAAUACUUUGGGCACAGGAGCGAAGUUCGAUUACUACUCGAGGAAGGACGUGGAUUUUGAACCUCAAGAGGCAGAUUUAAUUCGAAAACCCAAAUAUCCAAACGUUAAGAUUGGAUUGGAAUCCAGAUUCCCUCCUGAAAAAAGAUUAAAGGGAACUCCCGGCCCUCAAUAUGACCCAGCCAUAAAGCCAGAAGUGCCAACUCCUGCUCAAUAUUCAUUUGGCUAUAGGAGAGACAUCCCAGGAGCAUCAGCCUUGGCUCCGACUUGCUCGACUCCAGUGAUAGUGGGGCCAGGAGCGUAUCUGUAGAAGCCUCCUGCAAACACGAGCAAUUUGGAGGACGCUCCUCAUUGGACAUUACCGAAGGGUCCCAAGUUAGGAAAGAUCUUCGAAGGAUGGGAUAAGAAUUAAACAUAUGAUACAAAAUAGGUUGCUGUAGGAGUGCAAGUGAAUUCUAAGAAAAAGUCGUAUCCAGCAUUCAGUGUUGGGAAGUCGACAAGAGAAGCAAAGGUUGGACAUUUCAAGCAAUUAAUGGUCAAGGUUCCAUCAAAGGUGCAUAUACCUCAUCCAAAAAUAUGAUUAUUUAAAGAUUGCACAUUAAGAAUAUAU